GGCCCCAUUUUUUCAAACAUUUGGUCUGCAGCUCUCACGCCAACACAAAUGGAGGGAAAUCCCAACAACAUCGAACUCGUCAAUUCGCUUCAAGCUGAAAUGGAGUCUCUCCGAGAAAGGAUUAAUCAACUAGAGACCGAGAACGCUAAGCUCUCUCAACAACUCUCGGGUUGCGUCUGCCAGAAGAAUGCAGGGAGUUAUAGAGCUUUGUCCGUGGACUGCACUAGCUCGAUUGGGGAAAUGGAGAUGCUGAAAUUGAAUGAAAUCUGUUCACUAAACAGAUCAAAAUAUAAAGAAUCGGGUGACCAUACAAUGGCCUUGCAUCAUUUACCAAAGCGACAUGUUGCUUUAAAGGUUAUGUAUUUUGGCAAAAGAUUUUACGGUUUUGCUUCAGAGGCACAGAUGGAUCCAACAGUAGAAUCGGAAAUUUUUAAAGCCCUUUACAAGACAAGGUUAGUAUCUGGUGAUAAGAAGGAAUUGCAAUACUCAAGAUGUGGCAGAACAGACAAGGGAGUCUCGUCUGUUGGCCAAGUAAUCUCUCUAUCUCUACGAUCAAAUCUUAAAGAAAUAUCAUCCAGCAACGGAUAUUCUGUGGAAAUCUCUGCUGAGGAAUCAUGUGAUGGUGAACUAGAUUAUGUAAAGAUACUAAAUAGAGCUCUUCCUAAUGAUAUUAGAAUUAUUGGAUGGUCACCUGCUCCAACUGAUUUCAGUGCAAGGUUCAGUUGUUUGAGCAGGGAAUAUAAGUACUUCUUUUGGAGAGAAGAUUUAAAUAUCAUGGCAAUGGAAAGUGCAGGAAAGAGAUCCAUUGGGGAACAUGAUUUCAGAAAUUUUUGUAAGAUGGAUGCAACUAAUGUCCACAACUAUAGGCGGUACAUCACAUCAUUUGAGAUUUUCUCAUGCAAUGAAAGGUUUAAAAGUAAUCCUGAACCUUCUAGUAAGUUCCAUUCCAAUUUAGCUUGUUACAGAUUACAGAAUAUAUCAGGCACCAAUUUAGAUUCUCUGUCCACAACCCAGAAGAAAAUAUUAACAGUGAUAGACAAGUUACUGGAUAUUGAAAGAACAGCAAGGAAACCUCAAUACAAAAUGGCUCCAGAGAUUCCCCUCGUUCUUCAGUCUUGUGAAUUUGAUGGUCUCAAAUUUAAGUGUUCAUCAGAUGCUAAGCAAGCUCUACGUGCUCACUUGGAGAAGGAAUGUCGAAGUUAUAAACUUGAAGCAGCAAUCUUUCACGAGGCCUUGCUCAGCUGUUCAAGCACCUUCUCGGAUUCCAGUCAGCUAAACAGUAGAACAAAGAAGAAGGGACCGACUCACAUUCCACUGAUGGCGCGACCCACUGAGCCCUCUUAUGAAGAACGACGCGCAUAA